AUGAGUCCGCUAGCUCACGCAAGGAGGAGCCCGAUUUGGUGGCUUAAAAUCGGUGCAUCCAAGCCUGAAGGAAAUUCCGGCAUGGUCACCUGUGCCCGCCGAGCCGCGAAAGUCGUGGCGAAUGUCUUGAAAGACGGACUGAAAAAUUCUGGAGCUGACUAA